AUGUCUACCAGUACCCAAUCGUCCAGACCCCCCAGCCGGGUCCAACCUUCCUCCAUGGACCUUCCUGCCAUCACAGAGAACGGCAAUACCCAGGUCAACCAGAAGAGAACAUCGUCUCUAGGCUUUCUACGUCGCGCCAAAUCCACGGAGCCACUCAGUGAAAAAAAGAGCAGCAAGAGGAUGUCCAAGGCUGCAGCGCUGGAGGAAGAGCGCCGUCAACGCGAAUCCAUGCCCAAGCAGCCUCCUCGUCUCCCCGACCUUUCUCCCACUCCAGUACUUGAAACCUUUGGAGGUGAUGAACGUCCAGACAGUGUCGCGAUUGUUUCUGGCCAGGCGCUGCGCCAGGUUGCGCCUAACAGUGCCCUGAGCUCGCCAUCUAACCCUGAAAUCCCUGAUCCCUAUUCACGAGCAGAGAGCAUGGCGCAUCGUGGUCGUUAUAGCUACGCCAGCAGUGCUGUAAGCACCGUUAACAACCCACGCAGACUGCGUCGUCGCAAGGACCCUACCCCGUACAACAUUCUUGUUCUUGGUGCUCGAAAUUCUGGCAAGACCUCGUUCCUCAACUUCCUUCGCAAAUCUUUGGCCAUGCCCCCGCACAAGCAUCCCUCCCGAUCGCCUGACGAUCUGGAAUACAGUUACCACCAAUCCCCUGCCAAUGAAGGCUACACUUCUCACUUCCUCGAGACCGAGAUCGACGGGGAGCGCGUGGGACUCACCCUGUGGGAUUCGCAGGGCCUGGAGAAAGGCAUCGCCGAUAUUCAGCUACGUGGUGUGACUGGAUUUUUGGAAGGAAAAUUCGAAGAGACUUUGACCGAGGAAAUGAAGGUGAUUCGCUCUCCUGGAGCUAGAGACACUCACAUUCAUUGCACUUUCUUAAUUCUCGACCCCGUUCGCCUUGACGAGAAUAGGGCUGUCGCUGAACGAGCCGCCAAUGGAACCGCCAAGGCGUCGGACACUUCGGUCAUUGGCAUCCUAGAUGAAAGCCUCGACAUUCAAGUUCUUCGAACCGUAUUGGGCAAGACUACCGUUGUUCCUGUUAUCAGCAAAGCCGAUACGAUCACUACUGCGCACAUGACCUACCUGAGAAAAGCAGUCUGGGAUAGCUUGAAGCAGGCCAACAUUGACCCUCUCGAGGUUCUUACUUUGGAAGACCAGGAGGAAUAUACUUCUUCAGAAAGUGCCGAUGAAGAAGAGGAGGUUGCCAAGCCCGAGGCUACAGAGGACACUGAGGAGAAUAAAGACCUGGAAGCCUCAGCUACGGCAGACUCGGAGCCGGCUCCAUCGAGUGAUGAAGGGACCCCAGUUCCAUCUUCCCCCUCCGAGCGAAGCCAGAGUACCCGCAAGUCUUCAGCAUCACUGGCUGCGAGCCAGCAUCUUCCCUUUUCAAUUCUGUCACCUGACCCCUACUCCCUGGAGGCCGGGGAUGAACCAGUUGGACGUAAGUUCCCUUGGGGAUUCGCCGAUCCAUACAACCCAGAGCAUUGCGACUUUGUCAGGCUCAAGGAUAAUGUGUUCAGUGACUGGCGAACUGAAUUGCGUGAGGCCAGUCGUGUGAUCUGGUAUGAGAGAUGGAGAACAAGCCGCUUGAACCGUCAUGGCCUCAGUGCUCCACCACAGAAGAGGCCUCAAAGGAAUACGUACAGUGGUAGAAUGGGUCCUAUGAAUGAUGGACGCCGAGUUCGGUGA